GGUGUUCAUAAGGUGUGGUGUUGAAACAGCGAUCACAAGAAUCGCCAAUAACACGGACUAAAAACAGGAACCUUUCGAAUAAUAUUUGCAUGUACCUAUAAAAUAAAAAAGAUUUAACAAGAUAAAGCACAUUAUGGGUACGUCCCCACCAAUGGGACCGCUACUAUUGCUAAUAGUAAUAGCUAUUAGUAUAAGACAAUCAGACGGAUUAUGCGACCUAUUAACUACGGAACCAUCAUUUGCUGGCGGAACUAUUCGUAUAUCAAUCGAGGAAGCAGAUACAGCCUUUGAUACUGACAUAACAAAAUAUCGUGGAUUUCUGGGGUUGAUAGAUCCUCAAAGCAGUGUUGUGUUGACAUUAACACAAAAAGCAGGCCGUGAACCAGCCAAAAUAGAUCCUUCAGAGUUUGUGGUUGAACAUCUCACCAAUGCUGCUGUAGCAGGAGGAGGAACUCGAACAGGAUUUUUCAUCAGACCUUUAACACCUAUAGACAGGGAUGGUGCCACUGUUUCGGCAAGUGAUGAUACCACAAUUCUGGAGUAUACACUGGAAUGUACACCAACAGAUACAGGUUCUGCUCAAGCGACAAAUUAUAUCCCAUUGAGAAUAAAUAUAGUAGAUAUCAAUGACAACGUUCCAGAAUUUUUGCCUUCAUCUUAUGCUGUUAAUGUUAGUGAGUUGACACCAGUUGGAACUACAGUUACACAACGCAUCAAUGCUCUUGAUAAAGAUGCAGGUGAAAAUGAAGAAAUUGAUUAUGGUAUAGUACCCGGUGAUGGAACCGAUUUUGAUGGCAGCACUAAGUUUGAAUUUGAAAUUUCUUCUCUUGGUAAUGUCCGUGUAAAAAAUGUUCUUGAUUUUGAGGUUUUAAAUGCUCAGAGCAGGACAGUUUACAACAUGAAUAUUUCAGCUACAGAUCGUGGUUUACCACCUAGAGUUACCUACACUACAUUAGCUGUAAGAAUAGAAGAUGGUGAUGAUUUACCACCAGUGUUUGAGUAUGAUUCUUGUAUUAAAGAUGGUGGUAUCUGUUUCAAUCCUGAAUAUAGAGCAGAUUAUACAUCAUUAUCAACUGUAAGUUCUUUAUAUUGUUUAGUGAUAUCCAGUUUAUUUAUAUUACAAGAUGUGAAAUGCUGCAAAUAA